AUGUUAUUACCCAUCUACUUGUUUCUGAUACUGGAUGACCUAAUGGCUUUCUGUCAAGCCACCCGAUAUCAGCUGUUUGAUAUUCCGAAAAAAGGGAACAUCUAUCGACCGAAGAUGUGGCACGAAAUUAAUCAAACAGCUAGCCCGAGCUUUCAGGAUUUUUGUGCGAACUGCUCGACAACUCUCUCAACCAUAUCAGGAAUAACACAUUAUUAUCAAAAUGAUACAAACUUGGUAUAUUCUUUGAAAGAUGCUGACAACACUAUCUGUACCUAUGCAGUUCAUAUGAAGCAUAUAAUCGGGCCGGAAAAAGCCGCAAAAUUAGCUAAUCCGUGGUUCCACACGUACUUUAUUUGUGAUGACACGUGUUGCGCUAUGGAAUGUUGUCAACGAGAUCUUCACAUGACACUCAUAGGAACGGUUUUUAUUGGAAGUGCAUUACUGCUUCUGUGCAUUUAUAUUAUUGUAUAUGUGACUGGUUGUGCAUUGGCUUGGCGUAGUGGAUCCUUAGUUGGAAAAACGUAUAUGAGCAAUGAAAGAUCGUCUUCCAAGCAAGCAACAUCAGAAACGACACUCGUGGUCUUCAAAAAUGGGAACUGUGAUAAUGGCUUAUGA